ACUAAGAAAAAUAAACGCAUCUUGCAUCCCUUCGUAGCAAGGUCCCAAUGGCCGCGUUGCCCCUUUGUAAAUAAGAGGCCGUGGUUUACAUUCCGAUACCCAACCACCUCACCUCAAAUCGACACUGACUGUACAGAUACUCUCGGUCCUCGCACUCUUUGUUAUACAUACACUCGUCUACUGGAUACGCAAUCUCAACCUCUUUCAACGGCCACAAAAAGAAAGAAACUACGACAAUGCAUUUCUCUAUAUCAGCAACCAGCCUUCUUGUGGCUCUUUCCCUAACCGCCCCAACCAUGGCGGGCCGACCCUGGUUUUGUGAACUAUCUAAAGACGUAUCCAACAUCCAAACCCCAUUUUGUUGUGAUGGGUUUAUACCGGCCAAGGAUUCCAAGGUCUCCUUUGAGGGAGUUAACUGCGAGGAUGUUUCGAAGCAGAAUCCUUUCAGUUUUGAAUGCCCGAAGGGUGGGGAGCCGAGGUGUUGUUAUUCUAUUGGGCCCAAGCAAAUCUGUACCUCGACUGUGAAGGAGGGCGAGACUGACUAGAUUAUCACUGUGGAUCGCCGAGGUGAAUGGGAGGCGGCGUUGCGAUAU